AUGCCUCCGAAGCGGAAUAACAACGUCGAUGAGCAUCGGGAUGCCGCGAUCGAAGCCCUCUUUCGUCGUUGUGAAGCAUCCGAACGACUCAUGGAGACGUUAACCGCGAGGGUCGAGGAGUUGACGGUGGCCGUCAAUACCGGCAGAAACGGCAACCACAUGAACCGGGACCGAGGCGGACGGCCCGGGGGACAACACGAGGGUCGGGGCCGUGGGGGACGAGCAGGACCUCGCGGACGAUCGCCAAUUUCUUGGGACGGUGAUGGUGAGGAGGAGGACGACACCGUCUCCGAUUUGAACCCCUUUGGACAUCCAGACCUGGGCGACGAAGUUCCGGCUGCAGACGCGCGUUGGAAGUCCUCGUUCAGGGUUGAUAUUCCCGAAUUCACAGGCGGCCUAGAAGCGUCCAACGGCGUCGUUUGGACCGACGGAGAACCUGAAGAACCUCUUUCAUGGCCGCCACGGGCCCACUUCCAGCCCGAGCCCGACGACAUCAACGCCUCUCUCUCCUCCUUCAGGUCCAUGCUCGAGUCCGACUGCUUCGUCAACAACGCCCCGCCCAACCCACCCUACCACCACCCUGACUACACCAACCUCAUGUUCAAUCCCCUCGACUCCUCCUCUCUCGACCCCUCCCACCAUAUUCCCACCUUCCUGCCUCAUAAAUCCAUGCUGCCCUCCUUCUUCGCCAACAAUUUCGACAUUGGCUUCGAUUUGAGCUGCUGCGACCAGCCUUUCUUCCCCGCCCCAGACGCCGCCCCCUCUCCGAUUCUGAAUGGCCUCAACCCCCAAUUCCACCACGGCUCCGACUUCCCCUCCACCUCCCGGCUACUCCCUUACUCCGACGACGCCACCGCCGUUGGAGGACCAGCUUCUGACGCCUACGGUUUCGAGGGUUUCGACGGGUUUUCUAACAGGUUCAAACUUCUGAGGCCGCUUGAGGUUUUGCCGCCCGGCGGAGCACAGCCUACUCUGUUUCAGAAGAGAGCCGCCCUGCGGCAGGGGUCCGGCGGGUUGCACAAUCUGGGGCCUAUCAGCUCGAAAAGCGAGGAGGGUUUGACGAGCUUGGAUGACACAGGUGGGAUAGAGUUUGGGGAAAGGAAGAGGAAGAGGAGUUAUGAGGAUGAAGUGGAGGAUUAUAUGGGAGUUGAUCUCUCAGCUGUGAAUUAUGAUUCGGACGAGCCAACUGAGAAAUUAGGGAAUGCUAAUUCCAAUGCCAACAGCAGCGUCACCGUUGGGGAUCACAAGGGGAAGAAGAAAGGGUUGCCGGCCAAGAAUUUAAUGGCGGAGAGGCGUAGAAGGAAGAAGCUUAAUGACAGGCUUUAUAUGCUUAGAUCUGUAGUGCCAAAAAUCAGCAAGAUGGAUAGAGCCUCAAUACUAGGGGAUGCCAUUGAUUAUUUGAAAGAGCUUCUGCAACGCAUAAACAAUCUACAUAAUGAGCUUGAAGCCACCCCAUCGGGAUCUGUAAUGCAUCCAACGUCAAACUUGCAUUCAUUGACACCAACACCACCUACUCUUCCAUUUCGUGUUAAGGAAGAACUCUGUGCAAGCUCGACCGCCAGUCCCAAAAAUCAGCCUGCAAGGGUGGAGGUAAGGUUGAGAGAAGGGAGGGCUGUAAAUAUACACAUGUUCUGUGCGCGUAGACCAGGUCUCUUGCUUUCCGCAAUGAGGGCUUUGGACAACCUUGGACUCGAUGUUCAGCAAGCUGUCAUCAGCUGUUUCAAUGGCUUUGCUUUGGAUGUGUUCCGUGCUGAGCAAUGCAGAGAAGGCGAGGAUAUUGUGCCGGAGCAAAUCAAAGCAUUGCUGCUGGAAUCUGCCGGAUUUCAUGGAGUCCUUUAG